AGCCACCUCACGUGGCACGUUGUCAUUCCUCAGGAGAGUAACUUAAUCCAAGUCGCAUCUGGAUCUUAGCAGAGCCUUCAUUGCGAGUUCGAAGAAAUCACAUCACCGUCUUCACGAAAAUGAGCAAUGCCUUCAAAUUCAAGCGCCUCGUGCGCUUCGUGCCAAAGUCCACCGCAUCUCGUAUUCUGAUAGGACAACCUAUCCGGCACGACAUCGACGUAGGUGCCGCUCUGCGCAACGGCGAACAAGUGGAUGUGGAGAUUUUAUCUGGCACUUCUGUGCUCGCACCUGGAGUUCUCACGGGCAGAAACGAAAUCAUCGAACGCGUGUUGUCACCCUUGGCUGAAAAUGAGGUUGGCACCAUUAGGUGCAUCGGCUUGAACUAUAAGCAGCAUGCAGCUGAGGUCAAGAUGGACCUGCCAGUAACCCCGACGGUUUUCAUGAAGCCAAGUACUGCCCUAGGUAAUCCAUGGCCAGCGCCGACUCUCCUCCCGAAGCUCACGCAAAUGGAUGAUUGCGGUGAUUAUGAAUCUGAACUAGCAGUUGUUCUUGGUAAGACAGCCAAAAACGUCACCGAAGACGAAGCCAUGGACUAUGUCUUGGGGUAUACUGCAUGUAAUGAUGUUUCAAGCCGCUCAUCGCAGUUUGCUCAAUCUCAGUGGUGCUUCUCCAAGGGAUUCGAUGGUUCCUGCCCUAUUGGCCCAACCUUAGUGUCUACAUCAGUCAUCCAAGAUCCAUCAAAAUUGCAUAUUCGUGGGAAGAAGAACGGAAGAGUCCUUCAAGAUUGCAGUAUCAAUGACCUAAUCUUCAGCAUCCCAAAGUUGGUUAGUUUUCUGUCACAGAGCACCACCUUACCACCCGGGACAAUCAUCAUCACUGGCACUCCGGCUGGCGUCGGCGUCGGCAAAGAUCCAAAGGAGACACUCCGCCAUGGCGAUGAAUUCUCUGUUGAGAUUCUACCACAUAUUGGCACGUUAGUAAACAAAUUUAUAAAUGAAUAAAAGUUUUAUAUAGGUUUAGAUAAGUAUAAUCUUGAUAUACAUCUUUAACUUAUCUUAGCUUCUAGAAAGACUGUGAAGGUUAUAGCUACUCCUUGAUUUAUUGUUAGAAGCAUGCAAGGAACUAACAGCAGAAAGAAGAUACUGUAUAGAAGCAAUCACUACCUUUGUUACAAUUAGGGCGUGGUAGUUCUAAGGAAGGAAUCAAAAUAUGGCAGUGAAGAGUUAGAUUG